AUUUAACGCUUAUUAACGUCCUUCUCUUUUUCAGGAUCAGAUCCUCGAACGAGGAGCUCGUCUCGGGAUCCUGCACGGCAUUUUCUUCCUCCCCUCCAGGUGCAGGCCGAUCGCGAGGGAGAAAUCAGGAAAAGGGAAACGAGACAACGUGGAAAUAAUUUCUUUCACCUGAACCAUCCAUAAAAUACCUAGAAUGAUAUCAAUCACCUCCAAAAUGUAUUAAAUCUCCUGGGAUUGACCUUCUCUUACGUCUAGGAUUACAUUACCAUCACGAGUUACAGGUGCAGGCCGAUCGCAGGGAAAAAGCAGCAAAAGAGGAGCGAGAGAAGGUGGAAAGGAAGCGAAUCCGGUCACGUGCGCCAGGUGAAGGCUGCAGUCGCGAUCCGACUCCCCCGAGGUCCCCCUGGCGUCUGCUCGAGGUAGACCUCGACAGGCGAACUACCACCAUCCAUCCAUCCAUCUCCAUCCACCUACCACCUACCAGGAGGAGACUCGCACCACCUCCACCUCCACCUCCUGCCGGGCGAUCGGCGCUGCAUCUCAAAAGGAGGUGAACGCGCGCGAGAGCGUACCAUUGGGCAGAGAAUUGGGCCAGGAGCCAAUGGUGAGGAAGUCGAGGUGGAGCGAUAGGUAUUAAAUAGGUGCGCAGCGACGAGAGCUGCCGCUAGGAAAAGCCGAGGGCCCGUGAAAAUCGCGGGGACGGACUCAGUGAUCCAGUUUGUGGUGGUAGUUCUCUCCUCGCGAUUGCGGUGUAGCACCGAGAAGUGACGGUCCCGACAAGAGUGGCCAGCUCGAGUCCUCAGUCGCCGCCGAGCCGGUGCCACAGACAGUCCGAAAGAAGCUCCUCCAUUCACCUCGGGAGUUCGCCAUGAGGUCCUGCACCGGCUGCCGUCUCGUGCUCCUGCUCGUCCUCGGAGUGUACCACCAGGCCCAUGGAGUAAGGAUCGGCACCACCAAGCGGAAAAAGGAGGUCUCAUCAGGGUCGGCAGACCAGUCCUCGGCGUCCUCCUUCUGGAGUCCUUCUAUCAAGACCGGAAACAUCUUCACGGACGAUAGUCCGAGUUUCUUCUCGUCAACGCAUGGCCUGGUGCAGACUCACCCUUCUUCCGGGCUCUUCCAGAGUGGUUUCGGAGGAAUUGAUAACCUAGGAAGUAGAGGUAGCACAGUCCGUCCUCCAAGAACUAGACCUCUGGACUACAGCGAAAGGGCGACGGCAGAGCUGAGAAGAAAUCCCUCCUUAUCAGCCCCGGAUGAAUGCGCGAGGGCGUGCAGAGAUGGCGAGCCUCCCAGAAUCUGCUACUAUCACUUCACCCUGGAGUACUACACCGUACUUGGCGCUGCCUGCCAAGUAUGCACCCCGAACGCGACAAACACCGUCUGGAGUCACUGUCAGUGCGUCCUGGCCGAUGGGGUCGAGAGAGGGAUCCUGACAGCCAACAGGAUGAUCCCUGGACCCAGCAUCCAGGUGUGCGAGAACGACAAAGUGGUCAUCGACGUGGAGAACCACAUGGAAGGGAUGGAAGUGACCCUCCAUUGGCAUGGAAUCUGGCAGAGAGGAUCGCAAUACUACGACGGGGUACCCUUCGUCACCCAGUGCCCUAUCCAGGAAGGCACCACCUUCAGGUACCAGUGGACUGCCGGUAAUGCAGGGACCCACUUCUGGCACGCCCACACCGGGCUCCAAAAAAUGGACGGACUUUAUGGAAGCGUUAUCGUGAGACAGCCUCCCAGCAAGGAUCCCAACAGCAAUCUGUACGACUACGACUUAACGACCCACGUGGUGCUUAUCAGCGAUUGGAUGCACGAGGAUGCUGCGGAGAGGUAUCCAGGACGACUCGCUGUUAACACUGGCCAGGAUCCUGAGACCGUGCUUAUCAAUGGAAAAGGACAAUUCAGGGACCCCAACACCGGCUUCAUGACCAACACCCCUCUGGAGAUCUUCACCAUCACUCCUGGACGACGUUAUCGAUUCCGUAUGAUCAAUUCUUUCGGGUCCGUGUGUCCGGCCCAGAUCACCUUCCAAGACCACACUCUCACCCUGAUCGCUACCGACGGCGAACCGGUCCAGCCUGUCAACGUGAACACCAUCAUCUCAUUCUCGGGUGAACGUUACGACUUCGUAAUCAACGCUGACCAGCCAGUGGGUGCAUAUUGGAUCCAGCUUCGAGGCCUUGGAGAGUGUGGUAUCAAGAGGGCCCAACAAUUGGGUAUCCUGAGGUACGCUCGAGGACCCUACCAACCAGCUGCAAGACCUCCGACGUACGAUUUCGGGCUUCCUCAAGGAGUCGUCCUGAACCCUCUGGAUGCCAUUUGCAACCGGCCUCGAGACGACGCCGUGUGCAUCAACCAGCUGAAGAACGCUCGUCAGAUCGACGAGGGGAUUCUUCAGGAACGACCUGACGUGAAGAUCUUCCUCCCCUUCCGGUUCCUGUUUUACAGACCCGAGGAAGUCUUCCAGCCGAAUACGUACAACCGAUACCUGGUCGCACCUACCGGGGACCAUGUCAUCUCUCUCGUGGAUGAGAUCUCUUUCACUUUCCCUCCGUCGCCGCCGCUUUCGCAGAUCGACGACAUCCCUCCAGAACAGUUCUGCAACGGUGAUAACAGACCUGCCGAUUGUGGCGCUAAUUGCAUGUGCACCCAUAAGGUCGACAUUCCUCACAAUGCCAUCGUGGAGGUGGUGCUCGUUGACGAAGUUCAGCAACCAAACCUCUCGCAUCCGUUCCAUCUCCACGGAUACGCCUUCAAGGUGAUCGGGAUGGGUCGAUCUCCAGACAAGAACGUGAAGAAGAUCAACCUGAAGCACGCAUUAGACCUAGAUAGGAGAGGCCUCCUACACAGGGAGUUCAACCUCCCUCCUUCAAAGGACACCGUGGCAGUGCCCAACAAUGGCUACGUGGUCUUCAGGUUCCGCGCCGACAACCCUGGUUACUGGCUGUUCCACUGUCACUUCCUCUUCCACAUAGUGAUCGGCAUGAACCUGGUCCUGCACGUAGGGACGCACGCAGACUUACCACCGAUUCCUCCGAACUUCCCAAGAUGUGGGGACCACCUGCCGCCGAUAACGCCGCCCCUGACGAUACCGGGCCCGUUCCACUGACCGCGAGCCAAGGCUCUUAAACGCACCUCAAACCGUGGCAUCGCGCUCCAAAGCCCUCGUACUUUUGUACCAUACUCCGUGCAAAUCGGCCCGCCUUCGACGUAGCGGCCGCGCCACCUCACGCCAGACCCCCGCAUGCGCGCGCAUCGGGCAACAUGGCGGCCCAAUCGGCCACCUCGAGACUUUCGUCGCCUCGUGCGCGAGAACGGCAAGGCCGAGGACGUAGAUGCGCGGAUAGGAGCGAUGCUCGCGGUGGAGAAUAUCCAUAACUCGCUCCCCAGAUAGAUUGAGUACUCGCGUCGCCCUGGCGAGACCGUUUCGGAGAACUGCAACGCGGAGUGCAGUGCUCCGAAGAGAGGCUUUCGAGUGCGCGCGCAUCCGGCUCCCAGAGACGCGUUAUUCUCGUCACCGGGAGGAGAAAUAGCAGCGAUUUUUGGGAAAUUAGAUGGGAACUGGUUACCAAGGCGACGUUUACGGUGGAACUCGUGCUAAAGUAGAUGGUUAAAAGGGAUUUGGAGCGGUUGUCAAGACGCGCCUCUCGAUUACUGGCCGCGACGCCUCUCGGGAACGGAUUUCGAGGUGCGCGCGCAUCCGGGACCCGGCGCCAUGUUGGAACGACGACGCCCGUCUUCGGCCUCUCCGGCGUUUCCGUCUCUUUCGGGAAAACGGCGAAGCCUUGAAACGGGCUCGCCGAUUGCGCGUCGCCACCAGUCGAUAUUUAUUUAACUCGAGAUUCUUGGCGUGCCUCGCCUCGCGAGUCGUCUCGCGCGUCCCUUUUGUUACAGCGUCUUACCUUGAUUCGCGGUCUUGCCCUUGAUACGUUGUCCUUUUCUUUUUUCUUUCUUCUUUGGAAAUUAUGCUGCACAUUGGGACGCCCGCAAAAAGCAAGAUGGCGCGCUCCGAGGCACGCCAGGCAACUCCACGGAGACGCGUAUGGGAUGUUUAGAUACUAACAUAAUUCUGUAAAUAAUGUAGGUACCGCUAUUACGUUUUAAUUUUAUAGGUAACAGUAACGAGGGAGUAGCGGGAGUAGCGUAUAGGGAUUUGCGGACCGGAGAAUGGAGUCGUCACAGUCGGCGUCGAGUCGGGCGAGAAGAAGAGCGAUCUUCGCCGAACCUGAAGAGUCCAACGCCGAUCUGUGGUCCUCGUCAGCCAUAUCGGUGCCGACCGCUGGGAACAGGUGCUAGGGUGUCAGAAUUCGAGUCCUUGAUUAGAGGAGGAUACUUGGGACCUUGUUUUCUUUUUUUUAUUACGUUUUUAUUACGGGGAAAUCAUGGGGGGUCUCCUUCGGAUCGGUUAGAGCCCUGCUUCGUCUCCGCCGCGCCAGGUAUCGGGUACCUGGCGGUAGUAAUCGCGGUACCGAUUACAAGUUACCCUGAUAAGACAUCCUUGGGGCCUUUUUUAACGUUUUUAUACACGGAAUCGUUUCAGACUCAUUCCAGACUCCCUCGAGCUCGCGACCCUGCCUUAUCUCCACCUGCCAGGUGCCAAAGAAUUCAAGAUUCUCAUGGAAGCCCGGAAAGAUUCGAUGGCCGAUUAGUACGUUGGCCUACCGAUGGCGGCGCUGUAAUCAUCCAUCCAUCUCUCAUUCUCUCUUAAUUUUAUGUAUAGCCGAUUAGAUGCGUUACGAGGGGCUUUUCACUUGGAAAUCGGAGAAAACAAUUUCCUUUUCCAGAGCCUUUGAUUUCAUACGAUAAACAACAAUGCGAUUCGGAAAAUUGUGACAGUCUUUCGGUGAAUUCCGACGAUUUCUAGGGAUUUCUGCUUGCGAUUUCAACAUGAUUUCUUGAGUGAAUACUCUCUUGUGUGAGUUCUUUGUUUUACUCACGGUUUGUCUUAUCAGUCUCUUAUAAGAUACCACCCUUAUAAGGUGUUGGCUUACACGUGCGAUUUCUUUUUUACUGUCUGGAUUUGUUGGCAAUCUUUCAGAGCGUCGUAUGCCAACUUUCGUGUCGGGCUUCCAUGGAAUAUCUGAAUUCUUUACGAGUACGGGUACCUGGAGGGGCGAUCGCCGACGACGAUCGCCAGGAUGGAGGGUCGCCCUUCGCAGGACGCACCGACAAUCAAACCCCGAGGCCGUGUACCUGAAAACCGGACACCUCAAAAAUAACUUCGGACGAUGCGACAUCGGACAUUUUCCAACACCACACUACCUGACGAUAACGAUAGUUCAAAUAAACACCGCACGCUUUCACGCCCAAAACCGAGCGACCUGUAAUUUAACCCCAUCCCCCGAGUCUUAAGGCGAUGCGAAAGUGGUGUAUAAGACAUCUCAUGUAACUUUUCUCCGAGCUAAAUGACCCCGAGUCGUUAAAAACUUUUCAAUGUGACUUUAAAGACUUAAGGGAGGUCCCGACCCCCUUGAAAUUUCAAUAUUUUAAAAAUUUGGUUAUGGACAUCUUUAAAUUAGGUGUGAAAAAAAUUAAAUUUCAUGCGUGUGGAGACCUUCCUUAUAGCCUUCAUAUUCACGUUGUAAAGUUUGGAACGAUUCGAUAUGCUCAGUUUGGAGAAAAGUUUGAUAAACGAUUGAUCGUUAAGAUGCCACUUUCAUGCCCCCUUAACCGACUAACCGGAAAUGUACAGACUCUAAUAGCUCACUUCCGGCGCACGAGUGUAAAUCUGUAAAUAACCACAAAGUCCCUGCUUUUCGCCGAAAAUUCGGAGCGCUCCUUCGACUUUUCAAUGUCCUUAAAAAGACUGGAGGAAAAAUCGAAACCUCGCUCCAGGGAAAAUUUCUUCAUAGACUCCGUUACCCGUGAACGAUUCGAGGGUGUACAUUGCAUGAAAAGUGCAAUUGUUUAACAUCGACAUGCACUUACACCCCCGUGUAGAUAAACUCAAGAUUUUCCGGAUUUUGCCGGCGACCCAGAAAAUCGACUAUUCUCCCUUCCCGCCUCUUUCCUUCCACGCUCUUUCUUUUUUUACGUUCCAUUAAUCGGUAAUAGUCCUCUUUCCUUCCACACUAAUUUUCUAAAGUUUCAUCAUUAUUCAGUAAUUUUCAUACACGGUGACACAACAAUUUGCGGAAUCCCUGUAUAUACUUUCGCUCGGUCUGAGCGAUUUUUAAUGAUAUGUAUACAUCAUGCAUACAGACAUAUAUACGUGUGUACCGCAAGUACGCUAAUGCGCGCGAGUGUACUUAUUGUUAAAAAAGAAAAGAAAAAAAACCUCCGGAGCCGUCGUUCGUCCCUUUUUUUUCCUUUUUUUUUUGUUAACUUUACUACGCCCUUUUUUUAUUUUCUACCUUCAACCUGUCGUUUCUCUUGGAGCGAAACCUCUCUGGAAUUUCGAGCGUCGACGUCUAAGUGGACGUCGACGUCCUACAAACGUGGGACCUCGUUAUCAAACUCGAGUAUCGAUAUCUCAAUGUCUAUCGCCAUUUCGUUCGAUCGCCGAUCACGUGCAAUCGGUUCCUCCUCGCGCGCGGCGAUCGAUAGAAAUCGGCUCAAUGAGUUUGUUUAGAUCGUAUGGAUUAUUUACUUGUAUACCGUAAAGGGACCAGAUGUAAAAAGUGCUUGUAUAAUAUUAUAUAUGAGGCGAGUCGACCGAACGAGCGGUCGUUCGAGCAAUACGGCCAUUUUCCCUCGUUUUUGCCUGCUGCUCCCGACCGCUCAUAUUCGUCAUUGUCAGACACAAAAAAUGUAUUUUUAAUAAUAAAGUUGUUUACAAAAAA